GUAUAGAGGUUCGAAAUAGGCGCGCUCGCUCUGCCGCCGUCAGUCACUCCACACACAGGCUCCUCUCCCGGACUUACAGCACUUUCAACGAUACAUUUGGGACAGCCAUUUUCGCUAUGGAUGCUACGAUUUAUCAAAUCAUCUUGGGGGAGUUUGGCGACCUUAACUGUAGUUUAAUGGACGCUUUCCAGGACACUUUUUACGAAAACAUUUCGUUCUCAUUGUUGAAUAUUGAUGGUUCAUAUUGUAAUGCCACAACGGAUGAGAUUGGGACCUGCUGGCCGCGGAGCAGCACCGGGCGGAUGGUAGAGAGACCAUGCCCCGAGUACAUCAACGGGGUGAAGUACAACACAACAAGAAGUGCAUACAGAGAGUGCAUGGAUAACGGCACCUGGGCUGAGAGGAGCAACUACUCCAGCUGUGAGCCCAUCCUGGAGGAGAAGAGGAAAUACCCGGUUCACUAUAAGAUCGCUCUGAUCAUCAACUACCUCGGCCACUGUAUCUCCGUGGGAGCCCUGGUUGUGGCCUUCAUUCUCUUCCUCUGCUUAAGGAGCAUAAGAUGUCUUCGAAACAUCAUCCACUGGAAUUUAAUCACCACCUUCAUAUUACGAAACGUCAUGUGGUUCCUGCUACAGUUGAUUGAUCACAAUAUUCACGAGAGCAAUGAGCCCUGGUGCCGGCUAAUUACGACCAUUUACAACUACUUUGUGGUGACUAACUUUUUCUGGAUGUUUGUUGAAGGAUGCUACCUUCACACAGCCAUUGUAAUGACCUAUUCCACGGACAAGCUUAGAAAGUGGGUCUUCCUUUUCAUUGGAUGGUGUAUUCCAUGUCCUAUUAUCGUUGCAUGGGCCAUUGGAAAACUCUACUAUGAAAAUGAACAGUGCUGGUUUGGCAAGGAGCCUGGUAAAUAUGUUGACUAUAUUUACCAAGGGCCGGUGAUACUGGUACUGUUGAUAAACUUUGUUUUCCUCUUCAACAUAGUGAGAAUUCUCAUGACCAAACUGAGAGCUUCGACCACCUCUGAAACCAUACAGUACAGAAAGGCUGUGAAGGCAACGCUGGUUCUACUGCCUCUGCUGGGCAUCACCUACAUACUCUUUUUCGUGAACCCUGGAGAAGAUGACAUCUCUCAGAUAGUCUUCAUCUACUUCAACUCCUUUCUGCAGUCGUUUCAGGGUUUUUUUGUGUCUGUGUUUUACUGCUUCCUAAACGGAGAGGUGCGCUCCGCCGUGAGGAAGAGGUGGCACCGUUGGCAAGACAACCACGCCCUGCGGGUGCGGGUGGCCCGGGCCAUGUCCAUCCCCACCUCCCCCAGCCGCAUCAGCUUCCACAGCAUCAAGCAGACCACGGCCAUGUGACCCCAGGGGCCGCAGGGCCACGGGGCCGCCUCCGCCGCUACCACAGGUGGAGGAGGAGGAGGAGGAGGAGGAGGAGGCAGCUGAGGUGGAAACAACGCUGCCACGGAGACACUCACUUUGUGUUUGUCAUUGUCGUCGAGUACGGACCAUCGAUGAGGCGGAAAUAAGACUGAAAUCCAUAAGUCUGACGGGUUCACCCAGUGUGUGAUGGCAGACGUAUCGGGACCGUUUCCUUCUAAUUUAUUUGUGAGGGAAGAGGAGCCAUGAAGAGUGGCUGGGAUGUGGACCCCAUGCAUUAUGCUUGUCGUGUUUCUGUGUAUUUAUAUGUCUGGUGUCCGUUUUGAAGAGUACAUUGUUUAUGUAUUUGUGACUUACUUAAAACUGGAACCCAUUUCCAAGUAUUGCAGAUCAUAAAGAAUGGUAUCGUGUCUGGCAACCGGGGCAUAGAGUCUGUUCCACUUUCAUGAGGACAAUUGCUCGGAUACAAUUAGUGCAUGAUCAUUUUCUGAGGAAAGGCAAGGUGUCUUACAACAGCAGGGGAAUCAGCCUGAUGAAGAUUAGGGCUUUGAUUCUCCCAAAUCCACAUUGUUGUUAUCAAAGAGCCCCUUGAGCACACUCGUCAUUGGAUUGCCUCAAUUACAAACACAGUAGUAUGCGUUAGAGUCUGGAGUUAUUCAUCCUGUUUCAAAGAAUUUCUCUUGCCUUUUUCCAAUCUUCCCAAAAAGUUAUUGCAACAGGAGUGCCACGAUUGUAUUGUUCCGUCAUUGCUGUUAUUCCUCCUAAUUCACAAUGUGAGCAUCUUCUCCUAAAGCCCCAUCUGUUUGUGGACUGUUCGACUCUGACUUGAGUUGGCUUGGAUUUUGUUUAACACACUCUUUAGAUCAUUAGGACCAGUCACGUGUGUUUUGUUGUUCUAUUCAUAUCCCCUGGAGGCUGAUGAAUGAGCCCUUCACAAACCUUUCAAUGCCUCCAAUCUCCACUAUAAUUAUACCCAUUACGUUAUGCUAAUAAUGCACGUCGGGGGUCAUUAUAAUCCCCCCCUUCAACCCAAAGAUAUGUAAACAGCGUAAACAGAAACGUUGUUGCAUGCCCUCUGAUACGAAGCAAGCCACAGGCUGAUCUUAUGUCAAAUCAGUUGUGAGCUUUUUCUUUGGUUUGGUUUCCUGCGUGGAUUCCUCUCACUGAAGCGCCAACCGUUGGACCAAUGCGUCUGGUCCAAGAGAUAAAAACCUUGCUGACAGAGUAGAGCUACGUUUGCCCUUUUCAAAGGCUUGCUCCGGUCAAAACCUCCUGGUCCUGGAAAUGGAAAUGACCCCUACGAAAUAGCCGGCCCCCUCCAGGGCGAACCCUAAUUUGGGGAUUCGGGGAGUUGACAUGUAGCUGGGAAGCCGCCAUGGUCUCCCCUCUGUCUGCCAAUAGGAGGAUGUUCCCUGGAUUAGCUCGCCGCGGCGUGUUAUGGCUGCUGAUAGGAAACAGCCCAGAUAAGCAGGCUGGUUCAUGCGUAGCAGAGGUCGGAGCACUGUUGUUGAAAUGAGACUGAAAUGAGACCAAUCUUUCCUCAAUGAUGAAUAAGUGGUGCCAAACAAUUCAACAAUGUGACAGAUGGUAGUAAUUCCCAUUAUGAUUGAGUUGCAUGAAGUUUGAAAAGUCAUGUCAUUUGGUUUAAGACAUUUUGUCAUCAUGAGUGUAAUUUGGCAGCGACCUCCCCUGCUCCCAAUUUAGCCCUAACAUUUUCACAAUGAUACAAUCUUUUCAGAGCCCCAAAAUGCGAUGUGAUUAAGAUGCAGAACAUAUGCCAUUCAUUCAUCCGUCUUUGAACUGCGCAGUUCCAUUUUUGUAUUGUGUAUAAACGUGAUGCACGGAUGUUUGUGUCGUCGUGCUGUUGGACCAACUCUCUUUUAAAACGUAUAUUCCAGCUUUGAUGAUCAUUCAAUAUAUAUAUAAACAGACCCAUACAAGAACAUGCUGACUUAGGGAAAUACAUCAACAUCAACACAGGUACAGCGAAACUGACCUGCUGGCCCAGUUUGGGAAAUUAUUUUUGCAUAUAUAUUUAUAUAUAUAUAUAUACAUAUAUAUAUAUAUAUAUAUCUCUGUUUGAAAUCACCAAAGAGUCUAACAUGUAUUUACUUAUCUACAAACUUACUUGGAUAGAAAGACAUACUGUUCCGGCUGUGCACUGUACAUAGACCAUAAGCGGGGGCAUGAUUUAUAUACCUUUGUUUAAAACUGUGUUUGUAACACUUAACAAUAAGGGUACAUUAAUUAACCGUUAUUACCUUAAGUUAAUGCAGUAUUAAUCAUUUACUAACAGUUAACUAAUGGUCAAGUAAUCUUUUACUAAUGGUGUUCAUAUAGUUCUAGCAUAGAAUAUAUUAAAGUAUUAUAGUAAUAUAAAAUAAAUAAUGUAUAAAUGAAUACCUAAGAUACCACCAUAAGUAAACAAAUACUAGAACAUUAAUGAAGUCAUACUUAAUUAUAAGGUACUGCUUAUUACUGCAUUAAAUAAUGUUCAUUCAUGGUUGAUUACCCUUAUCUUAAAGUGUUACCAAUGUUUUAUAUAUUGUGUCCGUGACCUGUGAUUCAAUAAGUUGUCAUUGGUGUACUGGUGUAUACAUUUUAUUAAGUUUUAUUUUAUUUGAAUUGAAACGUUUGUGUUUAUCCACCCAGGUUGCCUUACAAAGCAAAUGUAAAUGUACAUUUGUAGGUACGAAAAACAUGUAUCUGUAUAUUAUGUACUGGUCUGUGAUCAAAUGAGAUUUGUACAUUCACAUGCAAAAAGAAAGAUAUAAUUAAAAUCUUAUACUUGGUGGUUGGACCAUAUAGCCGACAAUUUUUAAAA